GCCCAAAAACAGCUGUUCAUAAAAUAAUUAUCCCGCGGCUUAAUUUCACAAUUUUUGUUUAUCAUUUGUUUGUAACAUUCCGGUCCUAAAAGUUUUAGUGAGUUUAUCGUUUUGCAAAUAUGGCUUAUAACAAGGAGUAUAUGAUAAUGAUCUUGGAUAAUCGAAGGAGUACAUCAGAAGAAUUCAAGGAAAAAGCGGUUAAAUGUUGCUCGGAUAUAAUUAAACAAAAGAUUUGUUGCGGUAAAAAGGAUUAUCUAUCAUUUGUCCUGGUGGGCUCUGAACGUACUUACAACGAUGUAAAUACCAAUGAAGAUCACGAUGGCUAUCUUAAUAUUGUCCAAUAUGUGGGGGAUUUGGAAAUGCCUUCCUGGCAAUUGCUUAUGAAUUUCUAUCAAUUUGUUAAUGAGCCUUCAUCGGAUGAAGGGGAAUGGCUGGAUGCAUUGGUGGUGGCAUACGGCAUGUUACGAAAAGGAAUGGAAUCAUCUAAAAUUCAACGUUUACGUUUAGUUUUGUUCUAUGAUUUCAAUGAUGGUUUUAAUUCCUAUGACUCUUACAAGGAUAUUACCGAAUCAUUAUUGACAGACAACGUGGAUUUAAUUGUAAUAUCUCCAAAUAUUUGUUUUAUCGAUAAUCCUGCUAAUGAUUACUUGCCCCAGGCGAUAUUUAGUCCAGGCAAGAAGUCCGAUCAAUGUUUAGAAAACGAAAAGCAUGCCUUACGUUUGGUAUCCCAAUGCAAUGCAAAACUUUGCAAUUUAAACGAAGGUCUGUCAGCCGCUCUAAAAUUUAAAAACAAACGUCCUUGGACUUGGAAUAAUAAGUUACGCAUUGGCUCCAAAAUUUGCAUUAACAUCACGGGCGUAAUACAUUGCAAAAAUGAAUGCACAAUUAAACUGAAAAAAAUAUGGAAUGAACCAGGCGAAGUUUUGGUCCGAGAAUGGGGUCAUUUCAUACAUGGCAAUCAGGUUACAGUUGAAAAAGAUGAUCUCAUGGAGGGUUAUAUGUUGGGUGGUUCUGCCAUACCCUAUGAUGAAAGUGUAGAUGAUGAUAAAAUUAAAUUAGCACCUGGUUUGACGUUUAUGGGAUUCAUACCACGCAAACUGGUAUAUGAUGAGUAUUUUGCUGGAGAAUCCACCUACUUAAUAUUGCAUCAACGUGGUAUGACAUCGUCAGCGAAAAAAUUGGAUGCCUUAGUGCGUGUAUUGUUGGAAAUGGACAGGGCUAUACUCUGCUGGAAAGUGUAUAGUGAGAAAUUCAACAAAGCACGCAUUGUGGUGUUGUUGCCAAAUGAGUUGGAAGAUGAUUGCCCAGCCACACUUUCCAUGAUCGAAAUGGCUCACCACUCGCAGUAUCAUUUUUUCGAAUUCCCUAAAUUGGCCAAUCGACAUACCGAGUGUUCUAAGGAACAAUUGGAUGCCGUUGAUCAUUUAAUUGAUACCAUGGAUCUUACAUUGAAGUCGGAAGACUCUCAAACUCCCAGGGAUACUUUUGAAAAGGAUUUACUUUCCUUCACAAAACUACCACAUAUUUUUGAGCGUAAUUUUAUGGAUAUAAUGGAGAGAAAAAUUCUAUGUAAAGCCAGUGAAGACGAUGAACAGUUUCAGGAAAUGUUAAAAGAUAAAAAUUUUGUUGAAGCCUUUUGGAAGCUGCCAGAACAUUUUGAGAAGGAUGCAAAGGAUGCUGCAAAGAAAGUCAAGAAAUUAUUUCCUCUUACAGAAAGCGAUGAAUGGCAGAAGAAACUUAGGGCAAGAGAAAAUAGAAAGGAGCCAUUGUCACAAAACACCAAAGACAAGGAUAACUCAAACAAUAAUGGUGUCCAACUGUCGUUUGAUCACGUGCGUUCGUCAACACCAGCUGAAGACUUUGAACAACUCUUGAAGGCCUAUGUUUUUCCCAUACACGACAGUACACAGCGUGAUGUCAAAUUCAAUUAUUAUGCCACCCAAUUAUGUGGUGUAGUUAAGGAUAUGAUAUUCAAAACGGAUUCUCUCACACCCACAGACUUUGAGAAAAUAGCUGCUGCCUUAUCAGUCUACCGUAAGAGAUGCUUUAUUUUCAAUGCAUUCGAUGAUUACAAUAAAUAUGUAACAUCUAUAAAAGCCAAAGUUGUGGAACGCAAUUUGAAUGUUUUUUGGGAUCAUGUUAUCGUUAAGCACGAAUUGGGUUUGUGUUUUAUAGGGGAACCAUCCUUGGAUGAACAGAUUAAGGAGAAAGACUUCUAUAGUCUAGAAUUUGCUGACGCUGUUAAGUUGACGCCUGAGGAAAUGGAAAUGAAUGAUCCCGAAAUGGAUGAGAUGUUGGCGAAUAUAAAUGAAGAGGAACUAUGAGUUUUAUUUUAAGAUAAGCUAAGUUUUUUUUGUACUGUGUUAACAUUUUUUUUAAAUAAAUGGUUGUUUUCUUCUGGAAAAGUAAAAAAUAGACAA